AUGCAUCCCUCAAGAGCUGGUCACUUGAUCAACUUACAGGACUUGAACCUUAACUACAACAAGCAUAUAGGUUCCAUCCCAAAUAGCUUAGGGAAUUUGACAAAACUCGUUAUUUUGCAGCUUGGCCAGAAUAAACUUUCGGGGAAAAUUCCACAAGAACUAGGUAGGUUGUCGAACUUAGAGCUCAUGGAGCUUGGCAGUAACACACUAACAAACUUCAUCCCAAAUAUGCUAGGAAAUUUGACAAACCUCACUACCUUACAUCUUUCCUACAACCAACUUUGUGGACGUAUCCCUCGAGAACUUGGUCAUUUGGUCAACCUAAUGUACUUGAGACUUAGCUACAAUAAGCUAAUAGGUUCCAUACCAAAUAUCUUAGGAAAUUUGACAAAACUCACUAGCUUGUACAUUGGCCAAAACCAACUUUCUGGGCAAAUUCCACAAGAACUAGGUUGGUUGUUGAACUUACAAGUCUUGGCGCUUGGUCAAAACACACUCUCUGGUUCAAUUCCAAAUAGUAUAGGGAAUUUGAGUCUACCUUUAUUGGAUCUCUCUUUUAACAGCCUCUCUGGUACCUUGCCAUCUGGACUUUGUGCGGGGGGUCAGCUAGAACAUUUCACUGCUGCAAACAACAACUUGGUUGGACCCUUGCCAUCAAGCUUGCUAAGUUGUAAAAGCCUAGUCUGGUUUCGACUUGAAAGAAAUAACCUCAAAGGAGAUAUCACCAAGAUGGGAACUUAUCCAAAUCUUGUUUAUGUUGAUAUCAGUUCAAAUAAACUAUUUGGAAAAUUAUCUCAUCUUUGGGGCGAGUGCUACAAACUUACUAUGCUACGUGCAUCAAACAACAACAUAACUGGAGUAAUACCAUCAAGCAUAGGGAAAUUGUCCCAGUUGGGGAUACUUGACAUUUCAUCAAACAAGCUUGAAGGUCAGAUUCCACCAGAGAUUGGCAAUGUAACAAUGUUGUUCAAGCUGAGCUUUUCCAAUAACUUGCUCGCGGGAAAUAUGCCACAAGAAAUUGGAUUACUAAACAACAUGGAGUAUCUAGAUUUGUCAUCAAACAACCUAAUUGGGCAGAUACCAGGAUCAAUUGGGCGUUGCCUAAAGAUAGACUUCCUAAAACUGAGUCAUAACCAACUCAAUGGUACCAUUCCUAUCGAACUAGGGGCGUUGGUAAACCUACAAUAUAUGGUGGAUCUAAGUGACAAUUCAAUUGAUGGUACUAUUCCAAGUCUAUUAGGUGGUCUUGGUAUGCUUGAUGUCUUGAAUCUUUCUCACAAUGCACUGAACGGUGGCAUUCCACCAUCAUUUCAGAGCAUGAGCAGCCUCCGAUCCAUGGAUGUCUCGUACAACAAAUUAGAAGGGCCAGUGCCACAUACUAGACUUUUUGAAGAAGCUCCAGUCAUAUGGUUCUGGCAUAAUAAGAAAUUAUGUGGUGUCGUGAAAGGUUUGCCCCCUUGUGAUCUUCCUCCAAGUAGUAAACAAGGAAAAAAUUCUAGAGCUAUUUUACUGGCUAUUGUACCCACCAUUAUAUCAUUUGUGUUUCUCACUACACUAGUAGCCUGGCAAUGCAAAAAGAAGAAACCCCAAGCAGAAACUGCAAAUAGAGUACAACAAACCAAUGUGUUUGCCAUCUGGAACUUUGAUGGGGGAGAUGUGUACAAGAAAAUUGUUGAUGCCACAGACAAUUUCAGUGAAGCUUAUUGCGUUGGAUCUGGAGGGAAUGGGUCCGUGUAUAGGGCUCAGUUACCAACAGGUGAAUUAUUUACAGUGAAGAAGAUCCAUAUGGUGGAAGACGACGAGCAAUUUAACCGUGAAAUACAUGCGUUGAUGCAUAUUCGACAUCGGAGCAUUUCAAAGUUAUUUGGUUACUGCUCUGCACCACAGGGAAGAUUCCUUGUGUAUGAAUACAUGAAUAGAGGGAGCUUGGCAGCAUCUUUGCAGGGCAGGGAAACUGCAGUUCAAUUAGGUUGGAUGAAAAGGUUAAACAUUAUUUGGGAUGUUGCUCAUGCUUUGUCUUACAUGCAUCACGACUGCUUCGCGCCGAUAGUCCAUAGAGAUAUAACAAGCACCAAUGUUUUGCUUGAUCUCGAAUUUAAGGCAUGCAUAUCGGAUUUUGGUCUAGCAAAGAUACUAGACGAGGAUGCAUCAAACUGCACGAGCCUCGCCGGCACAAAAGGAUAUCUUGCCCCAGAACUUGCAUACACAACUAGAGUGACUGAGAAGUGCGAUGUUUAUAGCUUCGGAGUGCUGGUUCUAGAGUUGUUCAUGGGACAUCAUCCAGGUGAUCUGCUUUCGUCCAUGGACAACAACCAAAGUACACCACUUGUGAAAUUCCUGGACACCCGACUCCCACUUCCUGAAGCUAAAAUCGCCAGCGAAAUAUUCAAAGUAAUUGCGGUCGCGGUUCGGUGCAUAGAACCUGAUCCAGCACACCGUCCGACUAUGAAGCAAGUGAUCAAGGCAUUCUCAACAGCUGACCAAUCACCUGCUAAUAAUGUUGAUUAUUUCCAGACGGCCAUUGUCAUCCCCGCCUGCUGGUCCUGA